AUGAAACAGCGAUAUUCUCCAGACAGGGUAAACAAUACCGACGAGACAUCAAGCAUAGGUGUCAAGGACGACAGCCCGAAGGUAGACAAUCAGAGGAAGUUGGAUAAUCCAAAGGCGGGGAUCAUAGACCCCGACAAAGCGGAUUAUGAUAAGGUAAGAAGAAGUGUUAAGGCUGGUAAGUCUCUGAUAACUUCGAACACAUGA